GGGGACUGGAAAUAUAAAUUUCCCUCAGUUUUGGAGGCAACAUACUUGAAUAUAUACACAUAUAUGUAUAUAUACACGCACAUACACACACACAUAUAUAUACACAUACAUAUGUAUGUAUAUAUAUUCAGUUUUCAUAUAUAUGUAAUUAUUUGAAUGUUUUAAGACUUAUUUUUAGUUGUUUCUGCCUUUUUCCAGAGGUGUUUGUAAUUACAGGUGGUCAUGAGCCACCUAACAUGGGCACUGGGAAUUGAACUUCAGUUUCUGUAUAAGAGCAGUAUGUGCUCUUAACUACUGAGCCACCUCUCAGCCCUGCUUUUAUAUCCUUAUUGGUGAUGAAUAUGCUACCUCAGGCAAUUUCCUCCUAUCAUUAAUAUGGUGAUAUUUUUGGCCUUCAUUUGUACUCUCCCCCACCCCCGCCCAACUACUUGGAAAUUAGGCAACAGAAGGGAAUUCUUAUACUGGGACUCUCUUGGAAACUUUAAUAAUAGAUGUUUAAUACUUGAAGCACCAGGUAAAGUUAGGGAGUCAAAAUGUAAUCUGAAGCUGUGUGUGGUGGUUCACGUCUGCAAUCUGAGCACUUGGGAUGUUGAGACAGGAUCAGCCUCUCAAACUCUCUCUUCAGAUUCUGAUAACAGCAACAAAUAGUUUCAAGAUCACAUGGCAUUUCACUGGUAUCAAGAGGGUGGAACAUGAAUUCAGUAGGACUCCCAUUUGGCCUGAAACUGAGCAUACUACCAACACGCACUUUAUUUCCUAGAAUUCAAUCACCUGGACACAAUCACAUGAAAACACAUGAGGUUUAGUUUAUUGGUGUGCCUAAUACAUGGCCAGCCAGUUUUGGCUACAAGGCUGACAAAGGGAGAAAAUAUGUAAAAAUUUACUAAGUAAAAUAUAUUCAAAAAUAGAUACAAAUCAUUCCAGGGGACUUGACUAUCCUAAUAGUUUGGAUUUACCUGACAAACCCCCAAAGAUUAUCUUUCAUUUCUAUACAGCAAAGCAAGAACUUUUUCCAAAUAACGAAGUUGCAUUUCAUACAUAAUGUACAACUAUGAAGGAAUGAACCUGAGUAAGUUACAAAAGGGAGCCAAACUUUGUGAAGGACUGAAAUCAGAAAAACAAAAAACAGGCCAAAGAGAGACACUGAAACCAGAAUAUAGUUGGAGAGUUGACUGACCUUGCAUGAGGGCAAGGAGUUCUGUCAUUCUCUCCAUACUGAGAAAAGAUCAGCCCAUCUCUAGCAUUUGGAAAAUUGAAGGAAUUUGCAGUCAAUGGCCUCAGUCUUCUUGUGAAACUGUUAGUCAGUCGUAUAAUAAAACGGGGCUGGCACUCAAAGAUUGCAAAAGGUAUGGAGGUGGAAAGUGAGACAAAGGUGCUGAAGAAUACAGAAAAUGGACAAGAUCCCGCUGAAACCAUACAGUCCAAAUCCAUGGCUAUCAGAUACACAAUAGUGUUCUGUAUUAUGUUGUAUACUGGAACUCAGCUUUAGGCAGAUGUUUAGCAUUUUGUAUAUUUACUAUUACACACAGAGAAGCCCCUGGAAACACAGACUCUGAUUUCAGAGAUAACACACACAGUAGACACAUGAAGUUUUGCCUCAAUGAAUUGAUUUAGUCAUCACCAAUUCGUCUGUGGUACUCCGUAGUGUACUGGCAACUGCCCACAUUUCAUAUGGUAUGCCAGUACUAAAAAGAAAAUGCAAAAAAAAAAAAAAAUUAAAAAAUAAAUAAAAUAAAUCAGGCACUCAGCUAAACUUAGAAGUCUUAAAAUGGUAACUUUGUCAGUUGAGGGACUUUUUUAUCUUGUGCCAGUACAUCUGUCUUUGAUGUUUGCUUUAUUUUCCUUAUGUCACUACUCGUACUAGCCCAGAAAUGGCUAAUUCUGAGUUCAAUAAGCUACAUAAACAUGACACGGUGGUGUACAGACCCAUAUAAUCUCAGGAAGAUCGCCAGUUCAAGGCUAGCCUGGGCUACACUGGAGACGUCUGUUUGAAGAAGAAAGCUACAUUUCAAUCGGUCUGCAAGUUUUCUAAGUACUCAAAAUGAUCUCAGAAUCCAGACCGAGAAAUGCAUACGAUGAUGGCCCAGCUCCCACACCCACCUCUUCGGAAGUGUAUAGUCUUAAAAAUCACUAGAUUCCGUUCCUGCACAUUACAAAGGUGUACAAAAUAGUCAGAUUUAGGAAGCCUAGGACCCGAGACUCAAACUCGGACAAGAGUUUUCUAAGUGAGGACGUGAUCGCUCCAAGGGAUGGUGGAGGGGAAACAGUUUUCUUUUGGACCUGACUUCAGUCUCUCUCCUCUCACGAAGUUCUCUCGGAAGAUCCAAUGCUCUCUGGCUUAGGCGGUGGAGAAAAUGGCCAGGCAGGAAAAGUCCAUCCAGGAGGUCCGGGGCGAGGCCCCACCUCCCGGAUCUGAGGGGCCAGGCCUCGCGCUCGCCCAGCUUCCCCCGCGCUUCUGCGCUCGCCCCCGACUUAGCCCGGGCCCCACUGCUCGCCAUCCCACUGCCUCUGCUUCCCUGCGCCCACGCACGCACGCUCGAUCGCUCGCUCGCUCGCGGGGGAGCCCACUCCCCGGCCCUGGAGUCUGCACUUGGGAGAGGCAGGCAGGGCUCCGCGCUCGCGCGGCCGCCGCGGCGCCGGCUGAUGGCGUCACCCGCGCUUCCGCCUGCGGCUGCGUUCUAAUACGAAGCCAGGAAGGAAGGAGGGAGGGCUGCAGGGCUGUGUGUGUGGGGGAAGUAGCGCGGAGAAGACAAGCCACCCAGGCGCUCGUUCGCCCGCCCGCUUGCUCGCUCGCUCGUUCAUUCGCUCGCCCGCCCGCCCGCCCGCGGUCCCUGCUUGCGGUCCCCGCUCAGACUCGGUCUCCCCAGAGGAAGCCACUCCAGGCGCACUCCCCCGGCGGCUCCUUCCGGACGCCUGCUCGGCUUUCCCGGGCACGGCGUUCGCGCUCCGCCUCGCCCCCCCUCAGCCCUCCCGCUCUCUCUCCCUCCCUCCCUUCCCUCCCUCCCUCUCUCCCUCCCUCCGCCAAGCUCCCCGCCCUUAGUAUCGCGAGACGAGGUGAGAGCUGGCGGAGCGGCGGCGGCGGCGGCGGCAGUAGAGGUGACCGAGGCGGUGGCGGCGGCGGCGGCCCGGAGCGCUGUGUCGGCCCCGGCGCGACCGAAGUCGCGGUAGAGCGGAGCCCCCCCACGCCCCUCCCCCGUCCGCGUCCCCCACCCCCUCUUCCCGCGGGGAUGGAGAAGGCGACGGUUCCGGCGGCGGCUGAGGGAGAAGGGAGUCCCCCGGCGGCGGCGGCAGUGGCGGCCCCCCCCGCGGCGGCGGCGGCGGAGGUCGGCGGCGGGGCUCGCCCGGCCUCUUCUCCUCGUGGGAUGGUGCGAGUCUGCGACCUGCUCCUGAAGAAGAAGCCACCGCAGCAACAGCAGCAGCAGCAGCCGCCGCACCACAAGGCCAAGCGGAACCGGACUUGCCGACCCCCGAGCAGCAGCGAAAGCAGCAGCGACAGCGACAACAGCGGCGGCGGUGGCGGUGGAGGAGGAGGAGGAGGCGGCGGCACCAGCAGCAACAACAGCGAGGAAGAGGAGGACGACGACGACGAGGAAGAGGAGGUUUCUGAGGUGGAGUCUUUCAUUUUGGACCAGGAUGAUUUGGAGAAUCCAAUGCUGGAAACAGCUUCCAAGUUGCUUCUAUCAGGCACUGCUGACGGUGCUGACCUCAGGACAGUAGAUCCAGAGACGCAGGCUCGACUGGAAGCUUUACUAGAAGCUGCAGGAAUAGGCAAGUUAUCGACGGCGGAUGGUAAAGCCUUUGCAGACCCUGAAGUGCUCCGCAGGUUAACAUCGUCUGUCAGUUGUGCGUUGGAUGAAGCUGCUGCUGCACUUACCCGGAUGAGAGCUGAGAGCACAGCAAAUGCAGGGCAGUCGGACAACCGCAGUCUGGCAGAAGCGUGUUCAGAAGGAGAUGUAAAUGCUGUGCGGAAACUACUCAUUGAAGGUCGGAGUGUGAAUGAGCACACCGAGGAAGGGGAGAGCCUCCUUUGUCUCGCUUGUUCUGCUGGGUACUAUGAGCUUGCACAGGUUUUAUUGGCAAUGCACGCAAAUGUGGAAGACAGGGGAAUCAAAGGUGACAUCACACCUUUAAUGGCUGCUGCUAAUGGAGGACAUGUCAAAAUCGUGAAGUUGCUGCUAGCUCAUAAAGCUGAUGUCAAUGCACAGUCUUCAACAGGCAACACAGCUCUCACCUAUGCUUGUGCUGGAGGCUACGUAGAUGUUGUAAAGGUGCUCUUGGAAUCCGGUGCUAGUAUUGAGGACCAUAAUGAGAAUGGUCACACACCUCUUAUGGAAGCUGGAAGUGCUGGGCAUGUGGAAGUAGCCAGAUUGCUGCUAGAAAAUGGAGCUGGCAUCAAUACGCAUUCCAAUGAAUUUAAAGAGAGUGCCCUUACAUUAGCUUGUUAUAAAGGACAUCUAGAGAUGGUGCGAUUUCUUUUGGAAGCAGGCGCUGAUCAAGAACAUAAGACAGAUGAAAUGCACACUGCUCUAAUGGAGGCUUGCAUGGAUGGCCAUGUUGAAGUAGCUAGGUUGCUUCUGGACAGUGGUGCUCAAGUGAACAUGCCAGCUGAUUCAUUUGAGUCACCAUUGACUUUGGCUGCAUGUGGAGGACAUGUGGAACUUGCAGCCUUACUUAUUGAAAGAGGAGCUAGCCUGGAAGAGGUCAAUGAUGAAGGUUAUACUCCUUUGAUGGAGGCAGCUCGUGAAGGACAUGAAGAAAUGGUGGCGUUACUUCUUGGCCAAGGAGCAAAUAUCAAUGCACAGACAGAAGAAACUCAAGAAACUGCCUUGACCCUGGCUUGCUGUGGAGGCUUUCUGGAAGUAGCAGACUUUCUGAUUAAGGCUGGGGCUGAUAUAGAACUAGGGUGUUCUACUCCUUUGAUGGAAGCUGCUCAAGAAGGUCACUUGGAGUUAGUGAAAUACUUACUAGCUGCAGGAGCUAAUGUUCAUGCAACGACAGCAACAGGAGACACAGCUUUAACAUAUGCCUGUGAAAAUGGCCAUACGGAUGUAGCAGACGUCUUACUCCAGGCAGGUGCAGAUCUGGAACAUGAGUCAGAAGGUGGAAGAACUCCUUUAAUGAAAGCUGCAAGAGCGGGUCAUGUUUGCACAGUCCAGUUCUUAAUUAGCAAAGGAGCAAAUGUGAAUCGAACCACAGCUAAUAAUGAUCAUACUGUACUGUCCCUGGCUUGUGCAGGAGGUCAUUUGGCAGUGGUAGAACUACUUUUGGCUCAUGGAGCAGACCCUACUCACCGUUUAAAAGAUGGCUCAACCAUGUUGAUAGAAGCAGCAAAGGGUGGCCAUACGAGUGUUGUUUGCUAUCUUUUAGACUAUCCCAAUAAUCUACUUGCAGCCCCUCCACCAGAUGUCACUCAGCUAACUCCCCCAUCCCAUGAUUUAAAUAGGGCACCUCGAGUACCAGUUCAAGCACUGCCCAUGGUUGUCCCACCUCAGGAGCCUGACAAACCACCUGCCAACCUUGCUGCUACUCUUCCCGUUAGGAGUAAAGCUGCUUCUAAACAAAAGUCCAACAGCCAUUUGCCAGCAAACAGCCAGGAUGUACAGGGUUACAUCACCAAUCAGUCUCCAGAGAGCAUUGUAGAAGAGGCUCAGGGAAAGUUAACAGAACUGGAACAGAGGAUAAAAGAAGCCAUAGAAAAAAAUGCACAGCUGCAGUCCUUGGAGCUGGCUCAUGCUGACCAACUCACCAAGGAGAAGAUCGAGGAGCUGAACAAAACGAGGGAGGAACAAAUUCAGAAGAAGCAAAAGAUUCUGGAGGAGCUGCAGAAAGUAGAGCGAGAGCUACAACUGAAAACUCAGCAGCAGCUUAAAAAACAGUAUCUAGAAGUUAAAGCUCAACGAAUUCAGCUUCAGCAGCAGCAGCAACAGUCUUGCCAGCAUCUGGGACUAUUUACUUCUGUUGGGGUUGGAGAGCAGCUUUCCGAGGGAGACUAUGCACGGUUACAGCAAGUGGAUCCUGUUUUGCUUAAAGAUGAACCCCAGCAGACUGCUGCUCAGAUGGGUUUUGCACCAAUCCAGCCUCUGGCGAUGCCUCAAGCUUUGCCUCUGGCAACGGGUCCCUUGCCUCCAGGGUCCAUCGCAAAUCUUACAGAACUUCAAGGAGUGAUAGUUGGACAGCCAGUACUGGGCCAAGCACAGUUGGCAGGGCUGGGGCAAGGAAUUCUCACUGAAACACAACAAGGGUUAAUGGUAGCCAGCCCUGCUCAGACCCUCAAUGACACGCUGGAUGACAUCAUGGCAGUCAGUGGAAGAGCAUCUGCAAUGUCAAACACUCCUACCCACAGUAUCGCUGCUUCUGUUUCCCAACCUCAGACUCCAACUCCAAGUCCCAUCAUCUCUCCUUCAGCCAUGCUACCUAUCUACCCUGCCAUUGAUAUUGAUGCACAGACUGAGAGUAAUCAUGAUACUGCACUAACACUUGCCUGUGCUGGUGGCCAUGAGGAACUGGUACAAACACUACUAGAGAGAGGAGCUAGUAUUGAACAUCGAGACAAGAAAGGUUUUACUCCACUCAUCUUGGCUGCUACAGCUGGUCAUGUUGGUGUUGUAGAGAUAUUGCUGGACAAUGGUGCAGACAUUGAAGCCCAGUCAGAAAGAACCAAGGACACACCACUGUCCUUGGCUUGUUCUGGGGGCAGGCAGGAGGUGGUGGAGUUGUUGUUAGCUCGCGGUGCAAAUAAAGAACACAGGAAUGUUUCUGAUUAUACACCUCUAAGCCUGGCUGCUUCUGGUGGCUAUGUGAACAUCAUCAAAAUACUGCUAAAUGCAGGAGCUGAGAUCAAUUCAAGAACUGGCAGCAAAUUGGGCAUUUCUCCACUGAUGUUGGCAGCUAUGAAUGGGCAUACAGCUGCAGUUAAGCUCCUUUUAGACAUGGGCUCUGACAUAAAUGCUCAGAUAGAAACCAAUCGGAACACUGCCCUUACAUUAGCCUGCUUCCAAGGAAGAACUGAAGUGGUUAGCCUUCUGCUUGAUCGAAAAGCAAAUGUUGAACAUAGGGCUAAGACUGGCCUCACACCAUUAAUGGAAGCAGCGUCUGGUGGUUAUGCAGAGGUGGGCCGAGUUCUUUUGGAUAAAGGUGCUGAUGUGAAUGCCCCUCCAGUGCCCUCCUCCAGAGACACAGCUUUAACCAUAGCCGCAGAUAAAGGGCAUUAUAAAUUUUGUGAACUUCUUAUUGGCAAGGGAGCUCAUAUUGAUGUGCGAAACAAGAAGGGGAACACUCCGUUAUGGCUAGCAGCAAAUGGUGGACACCUAGAUGUGGUUCAGCUACUGGUGCAAGCAACUGCAGAUGUAGAUGCAGCAGAUAACCGCAAGAUAACUCCGCUCAUGGCUGCAUUUAGAAAGGGUCAUGUGAAGGUGGUGCGCUACUUAGUCAAAGAGGUCAAUCAGUUUCCAUCAGAUUCGGAAUGCAUGAGGUAUAUAGCAACCAUCACUGAUAAGGAGAUGCUGAAGAAGUGUCAUCUUUGUAUGGAGUCAAUAGUACAAGCCAAAGACAGGCAGGCUGCUGAAGCAAAUAAGAAUGCCAGCAUACUACUGGAGGAGCUAGACCUGGAAAAGUUAAGGGAAGAAAGUCGAAGGCUGGCUUUGGCUGCUAAAAGAGAAAAGCGAAAAGAGAAAAGAAGGAAAAAAAAGGAAGAACAAAGAAGGAAAUUAGAGGAAAUUGAAGCCAAAAAUAAGGAGAACUUUGAACUUCAAGCUGCUCAAGAAAAAGAGAAACUUAAAGUUGAAGAAGAACCUGAAGUCUUGACAGAGCCUCCAAGUGCCACUACCACCACUACCAUAGGAAUAUCUGCUACAUGGACUACUUUGGCAGGUUCCCAUGGUAAAAGAAAUAAUACCAUAACUACAACCAGCUCAAAGAGGAAAAACAGGAAAAAUAAAAUUACUCCAGAAAAUGUUCAAAUUAUAUUUGAUGAUCCACUACCAAUCUCGUACAGUCAGCCAGAGAAGGUGAAUGGAGAGUCCAAGAGCAGCAGCACCAGCGAGAGUGGGGACAGUGACAACAUGAGGAUUUCCAGCUGCAGUGACGAGAGCAGCAACAGCAACAGCAGCAGAAAGAGUAACAAUCAUGCGUCGGCUGUGGUCACGACCACUAUGGCCAGCAAGAAGCAGCCGUCUGUUCUUGUUACAUUUCCAAAAGAGGAGAGAAAAUCCGUUUCGGGCAAGGCUUCUAUAAAAUUGUCAGAGACUGUCAAUGAAGGGACCAGUAAUUCUCUGUCAACUUGUACAAAAUCUGGUCCGUCUCCUCUUUCCUCUCCAAAUGGGAAGUUAACAGUAGCAAGUCCUAAGCGUGGGCCAAAGAGGGAAGAAGGAUGGAAGGAGGUCGUAAGGCGGUCAAAAAAAGUAUCUGUUCCAUCAACUGUGAUAUCCAGAGUUAUUGGAAGAGGUGGCUGUAAUAUCAAUGCUAUUCGGGAAUGUACUGGUGCACACAUAGAUAUUGACAAGCAAAAAGACAAGACUGGAGACCGGAUAAUAACUAUAAGGGGUGGCACUGAAUCAACAAGACAAGCAACUCAGUUGAUCAAUGCUUUGAUCAAGGAUCCAGACAAAGAAAUUGAUGAACUUAUUCCAAAGAAUCGUUUGAAAAGCUCCACAGCAAAUUCCAAAAUCGGGUCCUCAGCACCUACCACCACUGCUGCUAACAGUUCCUUAAUGGGGAUCAAAAUGACAACUGUAGCUCUGUCGUCGACAUCUCAGACUGCCACUGCACUCACCGUUCCUGCCAUCUCUUCUGCAUCCACUCACAAAACCAUUAAGAACCCUGUGAAUAAUGUGAGGCCUGGGUUUCCAGUUUCUCUUCCAUUAGCAUAUCCUCCUCCACAGUUUGCACACGCUUUGCUUGCUGCUCAGACUUUCCAGCAGAUCCGUCCACCACGGUUGCCCAUGACCCACUUUGGAGGUACUUUCCCACCAGCUCAGUCCACUUGGGGUCCUUUUCCUGUCAGGCCUUUGAGCCCUGCCAGAGCUACUAACUCGCCUAAGCCUCACAUGGUGCCUCGCCAUAGCAAUCAGAAUAGCAGUGGUUCUCAGGUGAAUUCAGCAGGUUCUCUAACUUCAAGUCCAACAACUACAGCCAGUUCAUCAGCUUCAGCGGUGCCUGGUACAACUUCAAAUGGCAGUCCAAGUUCUCCUUCAGUCAGAAGGCAGCUUUUUGUCACAGUUGUGAAGACAUCCAAUGCCACAACCACAACAGUCACAACUACAGCAAGCAACAACAGCACCGCACCCACAAACGCCACAUAUCCUAUGCCUACUGCCAAAGAACACUAUCCAGUAUCAUCCCCAUCUUCCCCAUCACCACCAGCCCAGCCAGGAGGGGUUUCUAGAAACAGCCCUUUGGAUUGUGGAUCAGCAUCCCCAAAUAAAGGGGCAUCUGCUUCCGAACAGGAAGCAAGCAGUCCACCAGUAGUAGAACCUGCAAAUAGCAGACCCCCACACAGCAGCAGUUCUUCUGGGAGCUCAUCAGGUCAUUCCACUCAGCAGCAGCCUCCGGGAUCUGUUCCUCAGGAGCCAAGACCCCCUCUUCAGCAGUCUCAGGUUCCUUCCCCGGAUGUGAGAAUGACUGUUCCUCCUACAGCAACAAGUUCUGCUCCAGUGGCGGUGCCUUCUACUGCGCCUGUGACGUACCCUAUGCCUCAGACACAAAUGGGAUGCUCCCAGCCUCCUAAAAUGGAAGCCCCUGCUAUUAGACCACCCUCUCAUGCCACAGCUGCCCCUCACAAGACUCCAGCUCCAGUGCAGAGUUCAUCUGCUUCAGUCCUCAAUGUCAAUCACAUUAAAAGACCUCAUAGUGUCCCCUCCUCUGUCCAGCUACCUUCGACCUUAAGUACACAAAGUGCUUGUCAGAAUUCAGUACAUCCAGCAAAUAAGCCUGUUGCUCCCAACUUCAGUGCCCCAUUACCAUUUGGGCCCUUUAGCACAUUGUUUGAAAACAACCCUACUAAUGCUCAUGCCUUCUGGGGAGGACCUGUUGUUUCAUCUCAGUCAACACCAGAAUCUAUGCUGUCAGGAAAAUCCUCGUAUUUGCCAAAUUCAGAUCCUUUACAUCAGUCAGAUACUUCCAAAGCACCAGGUUUUAGGCCACCAUUACAGAGACCUGCUCCAAGUCCCUCAGGUAUUGUCAACAUGGACACACCAUAUGGUUCUGUAACACCUUCUUCUACACAUUUGGGAAACUUUGCCUCAAGUCUUUCAGGAGGUCAGAUGUAUGGGCCUGGAGCACCUCUUGGAGGAGCACCCCUUGGAGGAGCACCUACUGCUGCUAACUUUAACAGACAGCAUUUUUCCCCACUUAGUUUGUUGACUCCAUGUUCAUCAGCAUCAAAUGAGUCUCCAGCACAGUCUGUAUCCUCUGGAGUUCGUGCACCGUCUCCUGCCCCAUCCUCAGUACCUUUAGGGUCUGAAAAGCCCAGCAGUGUCUCUCAGGACAGGAAAGUACCAGUCCCAAUUGGGACUGAGCGUUCUGCACGGAUCAGGCAAACUGGAACUUCAGCUCCAUCUGUUAUUGGGAGUAAUUUGUCUACAUCAGUAGGACAUAGUGGCAUCUGGUCCUUUGAAGGGAUUGGUGGCAAUCAAGACAAAGUGGACUGGUGUAACCCUGGGAUGGGAAAUCCCAUGAUUCACAGGCCAAUGUCUGACCCAGGAGUGUUUUCACAGCAUCAAGCAAUGGAGCGAGAUAGUACAGGGAUUGUAACCCCUUCUGGUACAUUCCAUCAGCAUGUUCCUGCAGGAUACAUGGACUUUCCUAAAGUUGGGAGUAUGCCUUUUUCUGUAUAUGGGAAUGCAAUGCUUCCUCCAGUAGCACCUAUCGCUGAUGGUGCUGGAGGACCCAUAUUUAAUGGCCCUCAUUCUGCAGAACCUUCUUGGAACUCACUGAUAAAGAUGGUUUCAAGUUCCACAGAAAACAAUGGUCCUCAAACGGUAUGGACUGGACCCUGGGCACCUCACAUGAACAGUGUGCACAUGAACCAGCUUGGCUGAUGAGGAGAAGCCUGGUAGCCUGCAGAUUCCUUUCAUUCAGAGGAAAUCACAAGUGGCCGAGAAACAUUUUUAUGCUCCCAAAUCAUUCUACUGAUGUGCUUGACUGAAGUGUGUAGGCUUUUUGCAGAAGAACUUACUAACUGACCUAUUUUCUGUGAACAUUUGUGACAGCCAAUUCUCCAUCAUCAUCCGUUUUUACCUUAGUUAGAAUUUUUUCUUAUCAUUUUUCUUCUUUCUUUCCCUCUUCUCCUUUGGACAUAACUUUCUGUUGACGCUGUUCUUUGGCUGGUUGGUUUUAGUACUGUAAACUGCUUCUGAGCAAACACGGAAAUUUAGCAAAAUUAUGUAAACUUGAUCCUGAAGUUUUAGAAUGGCAAAUAAAUGUACAAUUGUUUACAUAACAGAAAAGGCUAAGCAGAAAGUAAAUUUCAGUGUGUCAGUCUAGAGGCUCUACUUUAUGUAGACUUAAAUUCAUGUGAGAUAUGUACCUUCAUAUUCAGAAAUCUGGAUGUCUCCUUCAUACAUUAAACUAUUAAUAAGCACCACUUUUCUACUUGUAUAUUUUAAGCAUAGAGUAAAAUGAUGGGCAUUAUCAACUGAUGUUCCCUGCGUUAGCUCUGAAACACCCAUCUUAUUCCCUGUUGGGUUUGAUUGUAGCAAGGCAGAUAGAAGAAAUUUCUGAUUUUUCCGUGUCUUUAUUAAAUUUGUCACACUUUUCAAACUCAUGCACACACAUCUCUUCAGUUUGGACUCUCUCUUUGCCACUAUUGCUACUUAGUAAGAUUCUCUUGCUCAAUAGUGAGAACCUUCUUGUAAAGUUUUUUCCCAUAGUGGCUGUGACACAGAUGUGGAGCAUCUUCAGUGGCACCAGUGGUUUUUUCUAACCAGAAAGCUUGAGACUUUUGAGCAACUUAAAAGCCACCACAGCUCUCAGUCAGCAUAUAUUGUUUAUUUUUAAAGAUUUCAGCAUAUUUUAUAUUGGAUGAUAUUGAUUCUUAACAUUGGCCCUUCCUGGUCAGCAAGAGUCAACAUGCAGUUUUCCCUUUUCAAGCAUCUAUGUCUUAGUUUGAAAGGCUCCUCUCUCUGUAGUUGUUGGUAGAAAUGAAAAGGAUGAACAGCUAACUUGGGCCAACUCAAAAAGGAGUGUUUGGGUUCCUUUUUAAAAUGAAUACACGGAUUAUAAAUUAAAGUCUCCAUUUAACUUGUUUAUAUGUGAUUCAGGGCCACACUAAACUACUCAGUGGGAAUUAUAUAUUCCAACCACUUGAAACAAUAAACAAUAAUGUAUACAAGAA